UUUGACAAGCGAAUUUCAACGAAAAGGUUACCACUACCACAACCAAGCGACGCCCAGUUGGAGUUGUGAAAAGCUAAAUUAGUACUAAACGCCAAUUUCGUGCUUGAAAGUAGCAGUGCAAUUAAGGUAGAAGAAGAGAAAAAAUACAAAACAUAUGUAAAUGAAAUGAAGAGACUUUUUCUCAGAAAAGGAACACUUUGAAAAUACUGUCAGUGUGUGUGUGUUUGUGUAUACAAAUAUAUAAUUACUGUGUUGGUGCGCCUGCGCAUUAGAACCGGAAGUGCUUAUAAACAGUAAAUUUUAAUUUGCAAAAACCCAAAAAUCAAUUACGAACUUCAUAAGCAAAAGCAUAGCAAUCAAUAACAAAUAACCGAAAACCAUUAAAGCGGAUUUAUAGCAGCGCGUCCAAAUAUGCAACUACAACAAUUUGUGUUCACCGCUUUGCUUGCCCUUGUGUCGGUGUUGGUAAUCGCUCAAGCACAGACUGGACCGUUUCCACCGCGUCUGAGCAUACCCGGCGCUGUGCCGGUGGGUGGACCUGCACUAGCUGUGCGCCCACAAUUCCGAAAUGAUAAAUUAGUACGCGUACGCCGUCCCAUCGCACUGCGCGCACAAAACACUUACAUUCCAUCGGCAGCGCCACGCAUUCAAGAGGAGUCCAAACCGGUUACCGAAUCCAAUGAAGAGGAGCAACCGGACGUCUUCUUGCCACAACUGUUGCGCGAACAACAAUUAGCGCAGGCGCAGCAAGCACAAUUCCAACAGCAGGCUAAUGCUUUCCUCAAUGGCGAAGCUAAUUCCAUUCAGGACUCCCCUUCGUUGUCACAACUAUUACAUGAGGAUGAACAAAUACUUGCACCUUCGCCGCAACCAGUCUUGACAUCAACGCGCUUCCCUGAACGUCCCACACCAGCGGUGCCUGCAACGUCACUACCAUCCAACAACCGUCCCGUCUUCAAUGACUACGGCAUCGGUAGCUUUGGGGCACAGCGUUUCGGUUUGGAGCGUCCACAGCAGAGUGCACCUGCGCCCCAACAGCCGCAACGUGUGAAUGUUAUACGCACACGCCCACAAGUUCGUGAACCGCGUCCACAAUACGAGGCGCAAUCAGCACCACAACCAGCCCCGGCCCCUGUGCGUUCUCGUCCACGUCCGACACCUGCCCGACCGGCAAUUGAGUACAAUCAAGUGCAGCAGGAUGAACGAGAGCAAACACAGCAACGUCGUCAACGUCCAGUGGCUCAAACAAUACGCAAGUGGCGUGAAGAAAAUGAGGAUGGCUCUAUUACAUGGGGCUAUGAGAAUGACGAUGGCUCAUUCAAGGAGGAAAUCAUCGGCACUGACUGUAUUACAAAGGGCACCUACGGCUACAUCGAUCCCGAUGGCAACAAACGUGAAUACCACUAUGAGACUGGCAUCAAAUGUGAUCCGAAUACGCGCGAAACUGAGGAGGAGCUUCAACAGAAUGCUUUCAUCAACUACGAACAAAACACUGCAGUGCUUCCCAAUGGCGUUGAGAUUGACAUGUCGCAGAUCGGCAAAAAGAAAUCUAAACGACCGAACUCCAUCUACAGAAAUUAAUUUUAUAGCAUCUAUGUAUAAAUAUUUAUAUAUUUAAGUGAAUAUCAGAUAUCAUUUACAGUUUUAAUUAUAAAUUUGUUGUAAUUUUUA